AUGGCGGCAGACAUGGCCCUGAGCCACCGAGCGCCCCACGAGGUGCUGAGUGAGGCUGAACUGGAGGAGGUGGCGCAGAGGAAACCUCCCACUAAGCCUUCUCUGCGUCCCUGCAAGAUCAGAUGCUCAGGCUCUGUUGUCAAGUCCCUGCUGUUCCGUUUCCUGCCCUUCCUGCGCUGGCUGCCCCGCUACCCCGUCAAGGACUGGCUCCUGGGGGACAUUAUUUCAGGCUUCAGUGUGGGCAUCAUGCACCUACCCCAGGGGCUUGCCUAUGCGCUGCUGGCUGGGCUGCCGCCCGUCACGGGUCUCUACUCCUCCUUUUACCCCGUCUUCCUCUACUUCUUCUUCGGAACAUCAAGGCACAACUCCGUGGGUCCCUUCGCCGUCAUCUCCGUCAUGAUUGGGAGCUUGACAGAAUCCCUGGUGCCCAGUGAGAACUUCCUGGAGUCCGUCAAUGGCAGCAAUGCAACAGUCAAUGAGGAAUUGCGGGAUGCUACCAGGGUGGAGCUGGUGGCCACCAUCACCGUCCUGACGGGUAUAUUCCAGGUGGCCCUGGGCCUCUUGCAGUUUGGGUUUGUGGUCACCUACCUCUCGGACCCGCUGGUGCGUGGCUACACCACUGCUGCCUCUGUGCACGUGCUCGUCUCGCAGCUCAAGAACGUUUUUGGCGUCUCCCAGGGCGAGCAGUCAGGGCCGCUCUCAUUAUUUGUGACCGUCAUCGAUCUCUGCAAGAAGUUGCCACAGACCAAUGUGGGCACCCUGGUGACUGCCAUCAUUGCCAUGGUGGCCAUCUUAAUUGUGAAAGAGCUCAACCACAAGUUUGCUGCCAAACUGCCCAUGCCCAUCCCCAUCGAGCUUAUCACGAUCAUUGUUUCCACUGGCAUUUCCUAUGGCGCCAACCUGAAUGACAAGUUUGGCAUCUCCGUGGUGGGCAACAUCCCCAGCGGGUUGAAGCCGCCUGUGGCCCCUAAUGUCAGCUACUUUGGGCAGGUGGUGGGCAAUGCCUUUGCCAUUGCUGUGGUGGGCUACGCCAUCUGCAUCUCCCUGGGCAAAAUAUUCGCCCUGAAACACGGCUACAAAGUAGACAGCAACCAGGAGCUGAUUGCACUGGGCCUCUGCAAUUUCCUGGGAGGUUUCUUCCAGUGUUUUGCCAUCAGCUGCUCCAUGUCGAGGAGCCUGGUACAGGAGAGCACAGGGGGCAACAGCCAGGUAGCUGGUGUCAUCGCAUCCCUGGUCAUCCUGGUGACCAUCCUGAAGAUUGGAGAGCUCUUCCGGGACCUACCGAAGGCCAUCUUAUCUGCCAUCAUCAUCGUCAAUCUCAAAGGCAUGUUCAAGCAGUUCAAUGAUAUUAGCACGCUCUGGAAGUCCAACCGGGUGGACCUGCUGGUCUGGAUUGUGACAUUUGUGGCCACCCUUAUGCUGAACUUGGACAUUGGGCUGGCAGCCUCAGUGGCGUUUGGGCUGCUCACGGUCAUCUUCCGCACCCAGCUCCCUCACUACUCCAUCCUGGGGCGCAUCUCCAACACCGAUGUCUACAGGGACGUGGCGGAAUAUGAGAUGGCACAGGAGGUCCCUGGCGUGAAGAUCUUCCGCUCCUCCUCCACCGUCUAUUUUGCCAACGUGGAGCUGUAUGCUGAGGCCCUGAAGAAGAAGAGCGGCAUUGAUGUGGACCGCCUGAUUGAGAAGAAGAAGAAAGCCCUCAAGAAGCUGAAGAAACAGCAGAAGAAACUGGAGAAGGAAAAGGCAAAGAAGAAAAAGAACGCAGAGGAUGGUCCAGGCGUGGCGGUGGUUGAGCUGAGUGUGGGGGAGAGCAGUGCGCCCUCAGAGCCCACCCUGCACAGUCUAGGGCUGCCCCAGCCCGGCUUCCAUGCUGUCAUCUUGGACUUCAGCCCCGUCAGCUUUGUGGACACCGUCUCAAUCAAGAUCCUGAAGAAUAUCUUCAGGGAUUUCCGUGAGAUAGAAGUGGACGUCUUCAUUGCCAGCUGCCCGGUAUCUGUCCUGACCCAGCUGGAGCGGGGCAACUUCUUCAGUUCAGACAUCACCAAGUACUCCUUCUUCCCCUCGGUGCACGAUGCYGUGGUGCACAUCAGCAGGGAGCGGCGCCAGGCCUCGGUGGAACACAGCACCAGAAUGUAGCCCCUCAAGAGGAAGACAUCUCCCCCAGAAGCUGUGUGGGCAAGGAAGGCUUUGCCACCCUGCUGGCACCAAGUCCCCCACCCCGGGGCCCAGAGGCCCUSAUCCC